GGAGGAAGAGGAGCAGGAGGAGGGAGAGUGGUGGUGGUGGUGGUGGUGGUGGGGAAGAUGUUCGCCUCGGUGGGCCCUCGGGGCGGCCCGCGCCCACCCGUCGCCCCGGCCAUCCCGGAGCCGGACCUGAGCCACCUGACGGAGGAGGAGAGGAAGAUCAUCAUGGCUGUGCUGGCUCGGCAGCGGGAGGAGGAGGCGAAGGAGGAGGCCAUGUUAAAAGAAGAGAAGCCUAUCCAAGCAAGAACGGUGAACCUGGUUGGGCAGAAAAAACCUCCCCAGCAAAAUGAUGUCCGAGGCAUCCAGCAGCAGCUGUCCAGCUACAGGGAGACGGUGAUCCGGCAGGCUACGGCGGCGACGGGGACAGCCGUUCACCGGGAUGACGCACCAACCUGCGGCAUCUGCCACAAGACCAAGUUUGCAGACGGCUGUGGGAACCUGUGCUCGUACUGCCAGACCAAGUUCUGCGCCCGCUGUGGGGGAAGAGUCUCCCUGAGAUCCAACACGGAGGACAAAGUGAGAUGUUCUAUCUGGUUGUGUAUGGACUGGACUGCACAGGAUGCGGAUGGCUUAGUAUCCAGAAGGCGCUUGAACAGAGUCUCGGUGAUCUGGGUUUGUAAUAACUGCCGGAAGCAGCAGGAGCUCCUGACCAAGCCGGGCGAGUGGUUCACUGGUCCGUCUGGGAAGCCUGCUGGCCUUGGUUCAGCUGUCAGCGAGCCAUCUGUGUGCCAAACUCCUGGUGAUAAGAAGCUCCGAUCUCGCUCCCAAGCACCUCCGGGCUCUACCAUCGCAACCCUAGACCCCAACCGACCCAGUGCACCCGGGACCACACCUGGCACCGACGCCCGGUCACGUAGCGAACCACCACGAGACACGAGAAAUGGACGGGGAGGCGGAGCAGCUGGUCGGGGAGAGCGCAGGCCAGGUCAGCCCAGACUGCAGACCCAAGUCUCCAUGGACCGGGAACUCCGAGGCGAGUCCAGGGAGCGUAGGGAAAGCCGGCGGCUGACAAAGGGACGCUCUUUGGAGCACGAUCCUGUGGGAGGAGGUGGCGGGGUGAGACGGACAGAAGAGGGGGGCUACCACCACAUGGACCACAUCGCUGGCCCCCCUCGCCAAGCAGGGCCGGUCCCUCCUGGAGGCCGGGGCCACCCUGUGUCAGGGCAGGGUCAUGGCACGGGCGUAGUGGGGGAGGUGGGCGAUGGCGUUCGGCCUGGGCAGAGGACGGUGGGUGGGGUUGGUGGGCUGCAUGAACACACCCCUGCGCAGCAAGUCCCUCCCCCUGAACUCAGAGAGCCUCCGGGUUCGGGUCCUGGAUCAGUCCCAGGCCAGGGACCCGUAGUGAGACGGACCAAACGGGAGAAGGCUGAGAGCAUGCUGCGCAACGAUUCGCUAAGCUCUGACCAAUCGGAAUCUCUGCGUCCACCGCCGCCGAGACCCUACAAGCCGAAGCGAGGGCUGGGGGCCGGAGGGAAGAGGCAAACCAGCGUCAGCAGUUCAGAGGAGGAGGGAGGGACCACGCCUGAGUACAGCAGCUGCGAGGAUGCUGAGAUCGAAAGUGUCAGUGAGAGAGGCGACUGGGAGUGCUACCCACAUGACCCCACUGUAUGGCAUCAUCCUGUAACCUGGCAGCCAUCCAAGGAGGGAGACCAUCUGAUUGGACGAAUCACCCUCAGCAAGAGGAGCGCCACCAUGCCUAAAGAAGCCGGGGCUCUGCUGGGGUUAAAGGUGGUGGGAGGCAGAAUAACAGAGUCAGGGAGAUUAGGUGCCUUCAUCACUAAAGUCAAGAAGGGAAGCCUGGCUGACGUGGUGGGACAUCUGAGAGCAGGUGAUGAGGUCUUGCAGUGGAACGGGAAGCUGUUACCAGGGGCGACUAUGAAGGAAGUUUACAAUAUCAUCCUGGAGUCUCAAGCUGAGCCGCAAGUGGAACUAGUGGUAUCCAGGCCUAUUGGUGAUAUCCCAAGAAUCCCCGACACGUCCCACCCUCCAUUAGAAUCUACAGGUUCCAGUUCGUUUGAGUCCCAGAAGAUGGAGAGACCGACCUUAAACGUCCUAUCUCCCUCCAGUCCUGGGAUGCUCCAAGACGCUCCACAGCUAAUGCCUGGACAACUCUCAGUAAAGCUGUGGUAUGACAAAGUGAGUCAUCAGCUAAUAGUCAACGUGAUGCAGGCUGCAGAGCUUCCUCUCCGGCCUGAUGGGCGGCCCAGGAGCCCCUACGUCAAAAUGUACUUCCUCCCUGACCGCAGUGACAAGAGCAAACGAAGGACGAAAACAAUGAAGAAGACCUGUGAGCCCAAGUGGAACCAAACAUUUGCCUACACUCACGUCCAUCGCAGGGAUUUCCGCAACCACAUGCUGGAGCUGACUGUGUGGGACCAGCCCAGGUCACCAGAAGAGGACAGCACCUUUAUGGGAGAGAUCCUGAUAGAGCUGGAGACGGCCUUGCUUGACGACAAGCCUCACUGGUAUCCACUCCAAACCCAUGAUGUCUCAUCCAUACCGCUGCCCCAACCCUCCCCAUACCUGCCCCGACGACACACACACACAGACACCCCGGGCAGGAAGCUGCAGCCAGCAGAUGAGCGUGGCAGGGGGAGGCAACGGGAGCCCACGUCUACCCUGGAGGUGCCUGAUCAGCAGAGGACACCCACCCAUCACAUACGUUCCCGCUCAGUCUCCCCGCACCGCGAGGAGCAGGGGCGCAUCCGGUCACGGCCACCAAACGUUCCCACCCAGAGGAGUCUGGAUGAUGAACUUCCUCACGCUCGUCGUUCUCGUUCUCCAACCCGCUACUACGACGCUGCCAGAGGUCGCCACCAGGAGGAGGAGUACCUGGAUGACAGUGAGGUCAUCAUGAUCCACCAGUCAAUGCGAGGCAAAAGUGCUGAGUGCCUCCACACCAGGAGAUCGACUAGGCACAAUAACACACUCCCACCCAAGAUGCCACUUUUAUUCAAUGGUAUCCAAAAAAACACAAACAGUUCGCUGCCUGCAUGUCGAAAGAUAAGCUCUGUCGUGGGAUCGCACAUGGUCAUGGCAACGCGCCGCUCCAUCACACACCGCAUUCAAAUGUUGACAGAUGAGGUGAUGGUUAGUGAUCUUCAACCUUCUCUGGACAGGGUUAGGAGCGCUAGUGCCAACUGUCUAACUCCAGACAAUCAUGUCCCCUCACCAGAGUCUGAAAGAAAAUCUUUGUCCCAUUCCCUGCCCCGGAGACGUCCCGCAAGUCCCAGGAUUCUAAUCCAACACGCUUCCCCUGAAGAUGACAGAAUAUGGAUGCUACUUCCUACUCAAGAGACUUUAAUUCACCUCAGUACAAAGAAGAGACAGCCUCGGACCCUGGAAAAACCUGAAUGUCAGACUCUUGGCAGGAAGCUCUCUGACAGUGGCAGGGGCCUGCUCCAAGGUGGUGUGUCUCUUUCCUCCUCAGUGAUGUCCUCCUCGGCCCGCAGAGUGAGGCAGCUCCCACAGCUUCCCCCCAAGAGCAACACCGUAGAACAAGCCCUGGUAGCAGAGGAGUGUGUUCGUCAGCUCCAGAGGAGGGUUCAUUCCAACCGGGUGUCAGCUGCAACCACUUCCAGCCAACAGGACCUGGACAGUUCCCUGAAGAACAAACAGGAGCUCUACAAGGACCAGAGGAGGAGCAGUGAGAACAUUUCCCAUAAGUCCUCAGACAGUGAUGUCAGCGACGUGUCAGCCAUCUCUCGAACCAGCAGUGCCUCUCGCAUCAGUAGCACCAGCUACAUGUCCAUCCAGUCAGAGAGACCCCGGGGACGCUUCAGCCGGGCCAUGCGCGCAACGGGCCGCCACAUGAUGAAGAGCACCAGUGUGAGUGGUGAGAUCUAUGGCAUGGAGCACGCAGACGGCAGCCAAUCAGACACGGCACUUGGAAGCCUGGGAAGCGGGAUCAAAAAACGGCGCUCGAGCCUCAGCCAACGUGUUGUCGCCAUCCUGCCAUCCAGACGCAGCCGGAGUACCUCACAACUCAGCCAGACAGAGGCGGCGGGUAAGGCGGCGGACAGACAGAAAGAAGCAUCAACAGGUAAGAAGGUGGGUAAGGCAGGCAGCAGCAGCAUACAGAGGAGCGUGGAAACGGGUAUGGCAGUGGAGUACCCACGAGGAGGGACAGCCAUGAACCGGCAGGCCAGCAGAGAAUCCACCGAUGGCAGCAUGAACAGCUACAGCUCUGAGGGGAAUCUGAUCUUCUCAGGGAUGCGGUUGGGUGCUGACAGUCAGUUUAGUGACUUCCUGGACGGUUUAGGCCCCGGUCAGCUGGUGGGCCGGCAAACACUAGCAACACCUGCCAUGGGUGAUGUUCAGAUCGGUUUGAUGGAUAAGAAAGGCCAGCUGGAGGUGGAGGUGAUCAGGGCUCGCGGCCUUACUCCCAAACCAGGCUCCAAAUCCCUCCCAGCUCCCUAUGUCAAGGUGUACCUGCUGGACAAUGGAAAUUGUAAAGCCAAAAAGAAAACUAAGAUUGCACGAAAGACCCUGGAGCCCCUCUACCAGCAGCAUCUGCUCUUUGAUGAGAGUCCCCAGGGCAAGGUGCUUCAGGUGAUAGUGUGGGGCGACUAUGGACGAUUGGACCACAAAUGUUUCAUGGGUGUAGCACAGAUCCUAUUGGAGGAGCUGGACCUCUCAAGCACGGUGAUUGGCUGGUACAAACUGUUUCCGCCGUCCUCAUUGGUGGACCCUACAUUAGCUCCGCUCACACGGCUGGCGUCUCAGACGUCAUUGGACAGCUCAGGACCGCCGCCGGGCGUUCGGUCCUAGUGACCGGAAUGGCGACCGCAAAACCCCCCAAUAUACCUUAAAUGACAAAAUCAUGGACCACAGCUACUGGACCACAACUGAGCAGAGGGCGUGAUCACGCCCGAGGACGACAACCAGAAGCCCUCGGUCAACCAAUGAAAAACCAGAUGGAGAGACAGGGAAUGAGAGAGAGAGAAAGAGAGAGAGGGAGAGACAGAACUAGCCAAUCAAAGCUUAGCUGGAGUCUGACAAUCACGUCUCACACCUUCCCUCUUCCCUCUCCUUGCGCCUUUUUGUUUUCAAAGCUUUGCUUUCUUUGUUUUCUCCUCUGAGCUGCAGCAGUGGAGUUUCUGUCCACGUUCAUUAUUGUUCACUUCUCUCUCUUUCUUUUGUUCUUCCUUUCUCGUGCAGCCCCUAUCAGAGCACCCGAUCAAAGUGGAGUCCUCCACCCAGUAGCCCUCCAGCCAAUCAGAGUAGAGCUUACUGCUAGGCCACAGGGAUGAGUGCGAGAUAGUAAAGUAGCAAACUGAUGCAGCUUCAUGCAGCUGUACCAUCACAUAGAGGUUGGCUGUCGUCUCUACCGGUGUUACCAUGGUAACAGUGUCGGUGUAGAUGAGCACGAGGGGCAGCGGUUUGGCAUGGUUUGGUAACCUUUUUAAGGAAAGGGAGCCUGCACACGCACGUGCACAUUCUUAGCCUUGUUGUGAGAUAUGAAAGCAAGCACAAGAAAAGCUUGACUGCUUUAUUCAGACGGAAGCAAAACAAAAAGUUUUGUUCUUUGUCUAAACAAAGAGGAAAGAAAAUAGAGGCCAAAUUUACUAUUUGCUUUUUAUUUUUCAUUUGGAAUCAUUUUUUCUUCUUCGUUUUAGAGUUCAGAAUGGUACCAUAAGGUGCAGACUCCCUCUGUGUGUGUGUAUGUUUGGUUUUCGAGUGAUGCUGCGCCAAAGGCCGACAAUAAGGUUCAGGUCACAUUCGCCCGAACACCCUUCGCCCAACUUCCACCACCACCACCCCCCAUCUCUUCCCCUUCCUGACCCCUCAAACUCCCCCUGUAGGAGGGAGCAGCAUGACUCGGGGACAUCCCGCCCCGGCCCCAAGCUGCAUGCACGUUUCUUUUGUUCCGUUUGUUUUGUUUCUGUUUUGUUCUCUACUUUUUGUAAAAUCGAAGACGAGACAAAUUAACGAACAAUUCUCAAAAAAACAAAAACAGAAAAAAAGACUAGACUAUGUGUGUUAGUUCCACAUACUUUUAGGCCAGCUUGUAUGUUGCAUGUUCUUGUACAGUUUGCUCGUACUGAAUAUGAAUACAAACCGAGAAAAGCCAAGCCAUCCCCGCCCCCUAACAGGAGCGGACCAAUGGGGGGAAUCAACUCCUCCCAGGCCACGCCUACCACUCUGGGUCUAAAUAUCCAUAUUAGGAAGUCUCCGGAAAAAAAAAGAUUCUCUUUGUUUCUGUUUUUUCUUUGAACCCUUUGAACAACAGUGCUGUUCUGUAGUACUGAGCAUACUCGAGCCCCUGGCGUCACUGAGGCUGUAGGUGUCUAAACUGUAGUUUAAGACAGUCGGGGCUAGAGACAGAGAUAGAGAAUGUGCGUAUAACAGCUAAAUGUAUAUGAAGUAUCAUUAUGAGUUUGACAGAAAUUAUAAAGAUAUAGAUAUAUGAAUAUAAAAAGAGUGUAUCUGACUGUACACCCGUCACAAACACACACACAUGCACACCUUGUACAUACAAAUCAGGAUGAGCGGCUUGAACUUAAGUUAUGAACAAACAAAACAUCGCUGACACACUAACAUUCCUGAUCUUGUUGAGGGGAAUUUGCGUCCUGUCGAUGUGCUCGAGCCGCUGAGCGGCACUGAGCCACAGGGGGGCGCUAAUAGGCCUUUAUUUUUUCCCAGUUGCAGAAAAAAAUGCAGAAACAAUUGGAACAAAGUUUACUUUGUUUUCCUUAAACCCCCCUCCCCCCUGUUUAUUACUAUUGGUUUGGACUGGACUUCUAAAGCCAAUGAGAAAUCUGGUUUUGCAGACAUAUUUUGCAGAUGUUUCUGUUGAAACUCUUGGCGGUGUGGCCGACUGCCCUUUCCUUUGUCAGUAUUACUCCAGGAAUACUGAUUGUUUACAGCCCAUGGCUCCCCACUCCCAAACCACGAUUCUAGACGAAAGACGAAGUAUUCACUGCAACAGUUCUUGUUUGUAUAACAGAUGUGGCUCUACUGAUGUGUAUGUUUUAUAUUCAAGAGUUCAUUUUUAUUAUUUACAAAUAAAAGACUGUGUGGAAGAAGA